AUGAAUGCCACAGUCAAGCGCAAGUUCAAUGCCCUGCUUCAAGGGAUCGGCAACCGGCCACCCUCCUCGUCGUCCAACACCGCAGCGCUAGACACCACUGCAUCUGCGACGCCCGUAGAUGGCAUGCUAGAAUCGUCUCUCGCCUCGUCCUCCACGUCGCCUUCGAGAAUGGCCAGCCACGACGCCCUCGAGUUUCUCUCCAAGAAACGCCGCAUCGGCGCCGGGCCCGGCUCGACAUCGCCUUUUGCGAAAUACGACGGGCAAGCAGCAGGAGCAAGUAUAGGAGCAAUCACAGGAGCAGGGCUGCCCGGUCGGGGCGCCACCACCACCAUCUCGAACAUCACCCUGAGGAAAUGGAUGCCGGCGUCGGCCGGGAGCGGCAGCAGCCCUGUGUCUGCAGGAGCAGCAGCAAGCCCGGGGGGAAAAGAUAAGGCGGCGCCACUAAAAUACUGCCCUGGCGACCGUGAGCAGCUCUUGCGCCGGCUGGCAACCUUCCAAGAGCUGACCGACUGGACGCCCAAGCCCGACCGAGUCAAUGAGGUCGAGUGGGCCAAGCGCGGCUGGGCCUGCCAAGGCAAGGAGCGCGUCCAGUGCACGCUCUGCAGCCGGGACCUCGUCGUUAAGCUGAACCGCAAGGAGGUAGACGGCAAGCAAAUACCGGUGCUGAUCGCCUCCGAGAUCGCCGAGUCGGUUGUCGACAAGUACGCCGAGCUCAUUGUCGAGGCCCACGAGGAGGACUGCCUGUGGCGUAGGAAGGGAUGCGACGACUCUCUUCUCCGGAUCCCUUUGCCAAACGCAAAGGUGGCCCUCAAAGACCUGCGCCUGCGGUACGACGAGCUCUGCGCGCGCAAGGCCUUCCUCCCCUAUGAAUUCAACCUCCGGUUGCCAAAGGACCUCGACGUCGACACCAUCCUCUCGUACCUCCCGCCUCACUUCUUCACCGAACCACCGCCGCCGGACGGCAACACGCCGUUAGACUCGCCUCCAACAGCAGCGGAUAGCAACAGCAGCCCAACGACACCGACGCUGACGCUACCGCGGGCGCCUAUCAACCGCGCGGCGGUGGCGCUCGCCGUCUUAGGAUGGCAGGGGCUCUCGAACCCGCGCAUCGGGCCGGUCCCGAACAGCGCGUCAUGCCACACGUGCCUCCGACGGCUAGGGAUGUGGAUGUUCAAGAGCAAGGAGGUGGAGCCGGAGACGCAGCAGAUCCUGGUGCCGGCGCCGAUGGACCACCUGGACCCGCUGCGGGAGCAUCGCUUCUUCUGCCCGUGGAAGACGGGCGGAGCGCAGCGCAACCCGGGCGCCAAGCCGCUGGGCCCCGGCGAGGAGGACAAGGCGGCCUGGGAGGUGCUGGUGCAGAUGCUGCGCAACGAGGCGUUUAUCCGCCAGCGCACGAGCGUGGCCCACAGCAGGAGCAAGAGCUCGGUGCCCCCGCAGACCACGCCCAUCAUCCCCCGGAGCACGGCGUCGGCGAUUGCCGCGGCCAUGAAGACGCCCGAGCGGCGGCCCACCACGGCGGAUGGCCGUCGCCGUCCCGGCCAGACUAUCCACACUCCGCAGGGUGCGGCGGCUACUCCCGGAGCGGAGCUGCAUGAGGACGACGAGGACGGCGAGGACGAUGAUGACGAGGAAUCUCGCAAGAAGAAGGACCAAGCCAUGAUGUCGCGCCUGCGCCGCGUCAAGAGCCUCUUUAAUACCAAGGCCGGCAAGCUGAAGCGCUUGGGUGGCGGUAGCAGCCGGCCGGGCACGUCACAUUCGACAGUGGGUGGCGGAGGGUAG